AUGCCUUCAAAAUUAGCAAAUAAUAAACAAAUUGAAUUUCCACAAAUAACUUUUGAAGACAUAAUUAGAACAAUAUCCAAUGAUUUACGAUUUUUUAGUUAUGCAGUUAUUUAUUCUCGUUUAACGCCCAUUUGGUUAAUCUUUUCUAUAAUUAUUUUGUUAGCAGUUUUGGCAUCCUCUCCAGCCGGUGGAGGAUUGCCAAUACUUAUUUUUACAAUUGUUUGGCUUUUAAUGUUAUUGUUAGGUUUAUUACUUUGCGUGUUUAUUCGAAAAUAUAUUGUCCUCUCACUAAGAAAUUUAAUGAAAGAUGUUAAUAAAAUAAGCUUUUUACAAUAUAAAAUAUUAAUAGGUGUUCAAGAUAGAGGACAAUUAUCUUGCCAUAAAGUUGCGUUAAUGUUUAUUUUUCUCGAUCCAACUGGUUGUAAAGAAGAAAUAAUAAAACAAUUACGCAUUUAUUAUGGAAGAUUCUCCCCAACAGCAACACAAAAACCUUUUACUGAAGAUGAACUUCUUUCAGAAGCAGAAAAUUUACUUUGCCAUUAUUCUCAAGAAUAUGCAAAGGCUUACAUGAAAAGACGUUUUAUUCUUCCAGCUAGACCAACGGAAGGUAAAAAAAUAAUCAACAAAAUAAAUAUUCUUUUAAACAUUUUAAAAUGUUAUUUUUUAGGUGUUUCAGAAUAUAGACCAAAACAUUGCCAAAGAAAUUUAUGUCUUUGCCAAUUUAUUGAACGAGAACAUUUUAACAAGAAAAGUGAAAAAGAAUCAGCUCCUUGGUAUGAGAAACUUUUUGCUCCUUAA